AGAAUGUUGGCCAUCAUUCUCUUAGCCCUUCUUUGUGCCUCGGCCUCCGGCAAUGCCAUUCAGUCCAGGUCCUCUUAUAGUGGGGAAUAUGGUGGUAACGGAGGAAAACGGUUCUCCCAUUCUGGCAACCAGCUGGACGGUCCCAUCGCCGCCAUCCGCGUCCGAUCCAACUCACUUUACAUCACUGGUAUCCAAGUUCGCUAUGGCACAGUGUGGAGCGAAUACGUGGGUGGCAAGCUGGGAGACCUGGAGGAGAUCUUUCUGCACCCCGGGGAAUCCGUGAUCCAGGUGUCUGGCAAAUAUAGGUUUUUCGUGAAGCAGCUGAUCAUCGUGACAGACAAAGGCCGCAAGCUGACUUUUGGAGAAGACUCGGGCAUAAGUUUCAAUGCCGUUCCCUUGCACCCCAACACCGUCCUCCGAUUCAUUAGUGGCCGAUCUAGCACUGGCAUCAAUGCCAUCAGCCUACACUGGGAUGUAUAGCCUAUAGCCAGUGCAGCACUUGCUGAAGCCCACCUUUCUCUCUGGUGGGGUGCUGUGGUGGGAGGGAGAACUCCCUUAUCACCAAGCCCCACGCAAAUGUGCAAAUAGCUUAAUAAAAGGAUAUGAA